AUGUCUGAUAGCAGAACUACCAGAAUAGGUAUAGUGUUAACUAUAUUUGGUUUAUGUACUAUACCGAUAUCCUUGUCCCAGCUGAUUGUUGGCAGUUUAUAUAACAAUGAAUGUCCGGCGAACCAAAUGAUGCCAACUUUUAAUAUUGUUUCUGGCGUUAUUGGUCUCUUUGCAGCAUUACUCUUUUUGAUUGCUGGUAUCUCACAUUUAAAGAAAAAAGACGGCAGAACAUGGACAAUCGUUGCUCUGAUAGGUGGUUUUAUAAUGUAUGGCGUGUUUAUUCCAUGGUAUAUGUACGGUGGAACAUUAACUUCGGUUGAUAAAUCUGCAAAAUCCCGACAAAGUACUAAUUCUAGCGAUAGUACUACGUACUGUAUAUCUUACAUUCAACAAUCGAUCGAUGGCAUAGUUCUAUUAUAUUGGAUAUCAAUGGCAAUUUUAAUUCUUAGUGCAUUAAUAUUCUUUCUGAAAAAAAGGUGA